AUGCGCCCCCCCGCAUCCUUCCCCCGGCCUCCUGCCCCCGGCAUCCCGGCCCCCGCAUCCGCCACCCCCUCAACUGCCCCCCAGCAUCCGGCCCCCACAUCUGCCCCGCUCCGCAUCCGCCCCCCCGCAUCCCGCCCGCCCCCCCCCCCCCCCCCCGCGUCCCGGCAUCCGGGCCACCGCAUCGCGGACCCCGCAUCCAGACGCCAGCAUCCGGCCCCCCGCAUCCCGGUGCCAGUGAAGUAUGAACCCUCGGUGGCCCGCAGCGACAUGCUGGCCACCACCAGGGGUCGCUGCCGGCCAUGGGCUGCAGCACAGGGAUGGGAACCUGAUGACAGUCCCACUGAGGAGCCCCCCCCUCCGUGGGCCCCCACGGGCACACAGCGCAUUUGUCCUCAGCACUUUCAGAGUGACAAAAGGCCAGGCAGGAGCCCAGGCUCCAGGCCCCCCACGGACCCCUGUGCUCCAGCCCCACCAUCUCCCCUGUCCCUGUGGCACCUCCUGUCCAGCCUCCUGGGAACCCUCUGGGACCCCCCUGGGACCCCCAACUGCCCCCAUUCUCAGUACAACUGCCAGAGGGUCAUUUUCUAA